CUGUAGGAUGAAUUGUUUUUUUUACAGGAGCUCAAAGUAAACACGUCAUGUCGACACACUUUCCUGACUUAAAAGGAGGACAAAGGCUUUCUUCAUCAUCUCCUGGAUGACUGUGUGUUUGAGUUUGUACAUGCCCCACUGGUAUGUGUGUGUUUGGUGAGUUUUGUGCGUUAACGUUCAACCAUCUUUAAAAAGCUCUGCAUUUGGCUGAAUAGAAGGAAGUGGCUCUGACUUCCCCAGGAAAUGGGAAGAGGAAACCUGGGGGCUUUGACCUCUCUGGCUGCACUGGAACCAUAAGACGACUCACAGGACAGAAAACGCGAGAGAGAAGGGAAGGGUGGAGGGUAGACAGAAAGAGAGACGCUGCCUGUCAUUGUGCUCCCUCUCUGUCUAACAGGAGCACAAGUUGGGAAAGAAAGAGGUGAGGAACAGACUGGACAUAAGGACUUUUGGCCCCGGGGUUUGGUUUGGGCCGGGUGUGGAGAUGAAGCAUCUCCUCAGAGCUCUGAGUGCUCUGCUCUACUGCUUGUUGUCCUCCUCACACACACUAGGUCCUGCUGGGAAGAACGUCUGCCCCAGUAGCAGGGAUCCCUCAACCCUGAUCUGUUGCACUGGAUGGCGUCAAGAGGGUUACGAGUGCACUAUACCUGUGUGUGAGGGUGAGCAGGCCUGCCUAAAGGGUGAGAUCUGUGUGUAUCCUGGAGUGUGUCGCUGCCCACCUGGCUACUAUGGAGCUUACUGUAAAGCACGCUGUCCUCCUGAGUUCUGGGCUUCGGAUUGUCGCCGUGUGUGUCAGUGCUACCCAAACGGUCGCUGUGACCCCGCCACUGGCGAGUGCACCUGCAACCCCAACCGCUGGGGUCCACAGUGCCGUUACUCCUGCAAGUGUACCCGUCACGGUCACUGCCACCCUGUUCACGGAAACUGCACCUGCGACGAAGGCUGGUGGACGUCGACCUGCUCCAGGCAGUGCCACUGCUUCCCCGGAAACUCUUUGGGCCCCGGCUGUGACCAGUUAACAGGCCGGUGUCAGUGCAAUCUAGGGCACUGGGGGCCAAAAUGUCAACUUAAUUGCAGCUGCUUCCUGUCACCGUGUAAUCAGCGAAACGGUGCUUGUGAGUGUGAGGCAGGUUGGUGGGGACCCGGCUGUGACCGACGGUGUAACUGUGACCUCAGGCACAGCAGCUGUGACACCGCCAACGGGCAGUGCCUGUGCCACCCGGGGUACCAGGGUGUCUUCUGUAACCAGCCCUGUGAAGCUGGGAAGUAUGGAAGUGGGUGUAAAAUGAGCUGUAGUCACUGUAAAGACACCCAGCAGUGCUCUGCCACUGAUGGUGCCUGUGCUGCCUGUGAACCUGGCUGGAACGGUACACGAUGUGACCGCCCCUGCGCAUCUGGUUAUUACGGUGAUGACUGCCGGGAGAGGUGUCCACGUUGCAGGAACAAUGAGCCCUGUGACCCCAAAACUGGGAAAUGUUGGAAGUGUGAUCCUGGAUGGACUGGACCCAGGUGUGAUGAGGCCUGCUCCAACAGGACGUUUGGAGAUGCCUGUAGCUUCCUGUGUGGCCCCUGUUUCUAUGGUAACUGUCAUCAUGUGACAGGAACAUGUGUCUGUGAGCCAGGCUUUCAGGGAGAGAGCUGUAACAGCAGCUGCUCCAGCCUGCAGUUCGGCCUAAACUGUUCCUCUGUCUGUGGCUGUGGUGAGGGGGUCAGCUGCCACCCAGUCACUGGAGUCUGCCCCAACAGUGGAAGAAGUGCUGUACUAGCAGGUGUGCUGGUCCCUUUGCUCCUGUUGCUGUUAGCAGUAGUCUGCUGUUGUUUGUGUUGUGGAGGGGGCCCCAAUGACAGCAAAGACAGGGCAACUGUGGCUGAUGGAGGCUUGUUAGCUCGAAUGAAAUAUCAUGUCUAUAAUGUCCUGGCUAACAUCGGUGCUGCCCUCCCCUGUAUCUCUAAUUGGUCCUCUGGUCUGCCUCGAGUCACUGUAUCUCACCAUGACCCCGAGCUGACCUUCAACCACAGCUUCAUUGAGCCUCCUUCCUCUGGCUGGGUGACUGAGGGGUCGUCCUUUGACAGUGAUGAGGAGGAGGAAGAGGCUCUCUACUGUGUCCCUCCAAGGGAAGACAUCCCGGCGGUGGCAGGUGGUGAGUUCCAGGAGAUGAGUUCAAAGUGUAACAUGUUCUUAGACCCAUCAGGUUUCAGCAGUGAGGACAUCACCUCACCCUUCAACAUCCCACGCACCUCCAGCAUCGCCAAAUCCAAGCGGCCAUCGGUCUCUUUUGCCGAGGGCACCCGCUUCAGCCCCAAGGAGAGGCGUGGCUCAGCUCACGAUGCCAGCGCUCUCUCUCGCAACAAACCCAAAUCAAACUGGGGGGUUUUGAUGCUCUCUGCCCUCCAAAGUCAGGGAAGUGCAGCUAGAACUGGGGAGGAGGAAACAGCUGAGGAUGAGCAGGAAAAGGAAGAUGAAGUGGAUGUGCAGGUGACAGACAACCAGGAGUCAAGCUGUGAGGCAGGGGGCCAGGAAGCAGACAAACUCCCUCACCGGGCCACCCUGCAGGUCCCUGGGUCAUCAGGAAGAAGACGGACUAUGUCAAACACAGCUGUUCAUAAAGCUACCCAGCUGCCAACAUCUGCCUCAGAUGCUCAGGCGGGGAUGUCCAGUAAGGUCACCACAGUGUAUGUGACGGUGGGUAAGGCAGGUAGGCCUGUAUCAAAGACAGAACCAGCCUCUGAGGGCCCUGUUCAGGCAAUGCUACGGCGACUCGGAAGCCUCCAGAGGCAAAGGGAGCAGGAGUCUGGCAAGCCCAGACCCAAGGGAGGCGAAGUAAUUACCAAACCACCCAGGAGAAAGCUUGGAGCUCGGGCGAGUGUAUGGGAGCAGGGAGGGCCGUCAGGAGGUGAGGGUGGUGUAAGUAAGCCCAUCAGGAGGAAGCACACCUCUGUCAGCUCACCUGAAGCAGCGGGUGCUAAUGACACACCACCAUCAGAGGGCAGCACUUCAAAAAGGCCAUUGUCAUCUAUUUUGAAGAGUGUGCCAGAGGUGGCUUCCCCUGACUCGGGGUCAGAUAUGACGGCUGAGGGAAACACAAGGCAGGGCGGUCACCUCAUCACAGGACAAACUGAGAGCAGCUACCUGACUGUAGGACCAGCAGGAGACACUGGGAGUCUCACCGAAGUCAUCACCAAUGAAGGAGCAGUGGCCAGUGUGAAAGAUGAACCCUGCUAUGAAAAUGUUGUGAUUAAACACUCGUAACCUCUGAGAAACUAAUAUGUCAGCAGGUCUGAUCCUAAUAGAACAGCUUACAGUAUUUAUUGUUCUGUACUUAUAACAUUAAAGAACAAAUGGACAUUGUAUGAGAAGGGAAAAAGACUGUAACAGAUUAUGAAAAUGCAAUCAAACUCCACUCACUGUGAAUCAGCACAUGGCACAUCCAAACCAAGUUGUUCUGUCUGUACUAUUUUAUACUUUUAUACCAGUCAGGAUAUAUCAGGUAACUGGAAUUGUAAAAAUACUUUCACAUCUACAGACUAGUGAUAGACUGACUAGUUGGUUGGCCGAAUGAUCGGCUGAUAUUUGGCAUUUUUAGAUAACUGGCAUUGGCUGAUGUCAGUGCUCAUGAGUUUCGAUUAACAUAAAAUGUUUGCACACAUCUGUAGGCAGCCUUGUCAGUCAGACUUUAGUUUUUUUUUAAUUUCUUGUAGACAUUUUUUAAAAUUUAAAAUAAAGGUUGUGCAGAGUGUAUCCAGCAGA